AUGCUAGCGUUUGGCGAGUCUUUUGAUUGUCUCAAGACGUCUACCCUUCACGUUUGGGUCCAGAUCUUUUUCUCCCUCGCCAAGUUCUUUUCUUACCAUCAGAUGAUAUCCCGUUUCCCUUACCUACUUCGGCUUCCUGUCACACUCUUCUUGAUACCGCCGAAAGUCAUCUCAGAUGGAAAAAUGCUCAAGAAACUGCAAGUCGAGAAAGUGAAACAUCGUCUCAAGACCCAAACGACAGUGACGGACUUCAUGGACAAGAUGAUCGCAGCGUAUAACUCAGGGAAAAUGUCCUUUGAUCAAUUAGAGGGCAAUUCCCAGAUUUUGAUUGCGGCCGGAAGUGAGACUACUGCUACAUCAAUGUCAGGAUUGACCUUCCUUCUCUUGAAGAACCCCCGCGUUCUUGAGCGCCUCACCGCCGAAGUUCGCUCUGCGUUCUCACACCGAGAUGAUAUCACAUUCACGGGCGUAAACAGCUGCAAGUAUCUCCUCGCCUGCAUCGAGGAAACUCUCCGCAUUUACCCACCUUCCCCGCAACCGCACCACCGCGUCGUGCCUCCUGGUGGAGCUACCGUAGACGGAGAGUUCCUGCCAGGUGGUAUAUCUGUAAGCAUACCGAUUUACGCCGCUUCCAACAGCCCUGAAAACUGGUCUCGACCUGGGGAGUUUAUCCCCGAACGCUGGCUGGGCGAGGACCCCGAGUUUGCGAAUGACAAGAGAGACGCUUCACAGCCUUUCCAGUACGGACCGCGCGCCUGUAUUGGGAGAAACCUCGCAUAUGCCGAAAUGAAGUUGAUUAUUGCGAGGCUCGUGUGGCAAUUUGAUAUUCAGAAUGCCACAGAAGGAGAUUGGAUGGGUAGCCAAAAGGUGUUUAUGGUUUGGGAGAAGACGCCGCUUUGGAUCAAGUUGUUGCCACGAAGGGCAUAG